AUGACGCCGACUGCGACCGUCUUUAGCGUGGCGACCGCCGUUCUUGGCCCGUUGACGGCGACAUUCACACCACCACCAGCAUGCACGGUAGCAGUAGCUGCGGUCACAGGAAAGUUCCUUGGGUUGGGGGGAAAGGUUGCCUCCUCGGGCUGGCUCGGUCAGACAUGCUCCAAAGGCGGUCCGGUGGACGACACGUCCUGCUGGCCACCAACUGCCAGUGGAGCGGAAGCCAGGACAAAAGCGCUGGACGGAUGGGGGUACUACUCGCCGGGCCUGCACUGUCCAGCCGGUUAUGCGACGGCAUGCUCGGCGACAGGCGGCGGUGGUGCAAAGUCGGACUUUGCUUUUCAGUUCGCGCCCGGCGCCAAAGAGACGGCAGUUGGAUGCUGUCCAAGUGUUGAAAAUGGCCAAACAUGUGUCAAGGCAGCCACAUCGACAGAGGUCGAGUAUGUGACGUGCGACGGAUCGGACCCGGCUGAUCUGGCCACCAUGACGAUAUCCGACGACAAGGAUUUCAUGUUCUAUGCUCCGUUGAUUCAGAUCAACUGGCAAAGCUCCGACAGGCCGACCGAGGCGGUGUUUUCCGGGACGGUAUCUCUCUCUGUUGAUGUUGAGACCAUGUCGACACUGGCCACAGCAGGGGACGCGCCAGCAGGCGUGACUUCCAGGGUGGGAUUCCCAUCACAGAGCGUUGUGCUCGAGGGUUCCGAAGGUUCGGACAAGCCGAAGGGAGCUUCUGAGGGCAACAAAGAAGACGGUGUGAAACCCGUCAGCCUCUCCACUGGAUUCAAGGUCGGCGUGGCGGUAGCGGGCGGGGUCCUGGCCGUGGCCAUUGUUGCCAUCAUCUUCAUCUGCGCUUGGAGGCGACGGAAGCAACAGAUAGAGGAGGAAGAGUUCGAUCGCAUGUAUGGCAUGAAGGAUGUGGGACCCAGCACGGCGGACUUCAGGAACGAGGAGAUUCCGGGCUGGCACCGGGGACCGACGAGACGACAGCCGCCGGCGCCGGUUGAUCCAUUCCGCAGUGAUGGGGAGUCCGAGCUGAUGGCACCACCUGCGCCGUAUCAUCCCCCAUCGGCAUAUCGGUAUAGAGACUGCAACCCCCCAAUCGACCCCAUUGCGCGUAUGUCAUCAGAGGACGGGAACACUGUCACACCAACCAAGAGCUCUCCAAGUUUCGACUUUCUCAGAGUUAACCGCAAGCUUCGCCAUCUACGCGGCAUCUAUCUGAGGAACCUCGCCUUCACACGCCAACACGGACGGACCAUUGACGAUGCUGCUCUUAACAAGACAGCUGGUAAGCUCGAGGCCUUACGCGAGAGACCAGACCUACACCAUACGCUAUCAUCAGAGGACCUCCGCCCACCCGCUGUCAGACGCCGCAGCACCCACUUGGCCAACGCCGACCCCGCCACACGACAAAAGAGCUUCCAAGAUACUUUUGCCAGCAAGCUUGCCGAUGCCUUCUUCACCCUUCACGUCGACGGUCUGGAAGAUCCCAUAUACAUCAGCGAAGUUGCUGAACGAGCUACGGACCAAUGGAGCCUCCUCCUCCAAGACGAAGUCGACCUCCGCACCCUCAACUGGCUCGGCACCCUUCAGAACGUCAACUUCCCACCCAACAGCCUGGUCUUCCACAUGGUAGACGGCAUCUACUCUCUUGAGAUCUCCAACAAAUACCCACCACCCAAGAAGGAGGUCCCCCCUUUACCAACCUCCUCCUACAACGUCCUCAUGCGCCUCGCCACCCUCAACAACUCGAUCCAAGACGCUCUCGCAACCCGUGACGCCCUCGCCGCCCAAAUCAACGACCUCCUCGCCCAGGAAGAGGACAAACAAAAGGGCGUGGGGACCCUCGCCGAAGCCGAAGAGCAAGUCAAGCUAGCCUCCAAGUACCUUUCCGCCCAAAAGCGCAUCGUGGCCGCCGCAAAGAAGCACAACGACGACCUGCGCGCCUCCAUCGCCGCCCGCAACGCCGCCAUAGAAUCCGGCUUGGCCGUACAGCGCAAAGCAGAAGAAGACGUCCAUCACGCAGCCGGCGAACCGCUCGCACAGUCCAAGGCCCUCCUCUCCUCCGUCCGCGACCAAAUCCGCGGUCAACGCCGACGCAUCUGCGAGGACCUGUUGACCAUCUACCGCAUCCAACCGGUUCCUCCCCCGACAGACCCGAAAGCGCAGAAAGAGCAUGAUCCCCUAUCCUUCCAAAUCUGCUCUCUCCCGCUCGCCAACACGGUACUAGACCCAACCACCACCACCGCGCACUGCUUUGUCUCUUCUCCUCACGGCAGCAGCCUAUCAUGCAUCCCCAAAGAAAAAUACCCCCACGAAGAAAGCCUAUCCGCCUCCCUCGGUCUCGUUGCCCUCUUGGUGCACCACCUCCAACUAUACCUCUCCGUGCCGCUCCCCUACCCUAUAAAAUGGCACGGUUCGCGCUCCACCAUCCGCGACGACAUUUCCAAUUUUCCCAUGAACCCCAACGCCUCUUCCUAUUCCUCUCACGCCUCCCAAUCUUCUCGGUCCGCAUCAUCCAACUCCCCAUCAAGCUUGGGAGAAGAAACAGAUCCUAGCAGGGAAUUCCCCCUCUUCUUACCCAAGGGAGGCAGCACAGCCCAAUACCGCUUCGAAUACGCCUGGUUUCUACUGAAUCGAGACAUCGAAGUGCUCUGCUGGAGCCAAGGCCUCAAAGUUGUGGACAUACGACACACUCUGCCGAAUCUACAGUGGUUGUUGAUGGUCUGUAGUGCAGGGAAGGACGAGGUUCCCGAGCGCAAAAGGGGAGGGGUAAGGGGGUUGUGGUUAGGGAGAAUAAGGGGGAAAGUGGUGGGGAUGGGCAUGAAGUUUGAUGAUGAUGUGGAUGGGAUUCUUGAUGGGAGUGUUGAUGGUAGUAGUCAAGCCGCCAGUGGUGGUGGAGGUGGUGAUGACGAAAGAAUCAGUAGUAGGAACGACGACGACGGGAGUAGGAGUAGUAGCAGGAGUAGAAGGGGAAGCACAGACAGCGAUGCUGCCACCAUCAUCACCCCCCGAACGACGCGGAGGACAACGGGUGGUGGAGGUGGUGGUUUAACUAUCGGCUACCAUUACGGCAACGGGAACGGGACGGCAGGUGCUAGGUCCCCGCUGUCCCGCUCACCUUUGGCCCAGCAGCAGCAGCUCCCAUUUGAUGAGGGAUCAACGAAACUCACACUGAGAACAAAGGGGUUAAGGGAGAGUGUUGCUCGCUAG